UGGGAACUGUAUAUUUAAUACCGAAGUUGGAAACAGACUUCUAUUUAUAAGUGAAGAUUAGAUGAAAUUCAGUAAAACAAAGAUUUUAAUAACAACCAUCUAACAGUUCAAAUAAGUGAUGUGACGUUAAUAAUACAGUGGAUUUUAUUAUAUAUUAUUUAUUUACUAUUAUCUACAAAAUUUUUAUACAAUGACACAUCAGUGUAAUUGUGGAGAAACACACAACGAAGGAGAGUUGGGUUUACAAUAUAAUUUAAAUACAAAAAUUGAUAUAGAAAAUGUAGAGUGUUUAAACGAAUACCGGGAUGGUAGUGGUGCUACUGUAUUUAAACCAUGGGAAGAGAGAUUAGAUAGAAAUAAAUAUGUGGAAAGUGAUAUGGAUAAUGAACUUCUAUUUAAUAUUCCUUUUACAGGAAAUAUAAAAUUAAAAGGCCUCAUUGUUAUUGGAGGUGAAGAUGAUUUUCAUCCAGAUAAAGUAAAAUUAUUUAAAAACAGACCUUUCAUGACAUUGGAUGAUGCAGCUACAACAUCUGAGCAAGAAUUUGAAUUAUGUGUUGAUACACAUGGAAUACAUGAAUAUUCUCUUAAAGUAGUCAAAUUUUCAUCGGUACAUCACUUAAGUUUAUAUUUUACUGGAAGAGAAGGAGGAGACAAAAUUAAAAUUUAUUAUAUUGGUUUAAGAGGGGAAUGGUCCCCUGGUCAUAAACAUGGUGUCACUAUCUGUACUUACGAAUCACGACCACAGAUACACGACCAUCUACAGGAUGUUGAUCACGAUGAUAUUGAUAGAGCAAUUACUUAAUUUUGUGAUGAUAAAAAAAAUCUGAACUGUGUUACGAAAUAAAGUAUUUAAAAAAUCCAAUAAAUAAAUACUUAUAUUGAAAUGAACAACUGUUUAAUUUAAUUAAUAAAACAUAUU